AUGGCGUUGCCAGCGAACUAUAAACACAACAUACCGGGCCCAUCAAUGACGACUCCGCAACGGAUGCGGCCUUCCGGUUCGGGGGCGGACCGAAAGGAUAACUCGAACCCGUUCAUGCACAGCUCGCACGCUAAUCCGGCGUUUACGCCGCAAAAGAUGGGAAAGGCGUCGGCUGCAUCGGAGUCGAAGAUGAUUAAACCUCCGAAACCACCGGAGAAACCGCUGAUGCCGUACAUGCGCUACUCGCGCAAGGUCUGGGACUCGAUGAAGGCCUCCAACUCGGACCUAAAGCUGUGGGAGGUGGGCAAGAUUAUCGGGCAGCAGUGGCGUGACCUGCCGGACGCGGAAAAGGAGGAGUACAUUGCGGAGUACGAGCAUGAGAAGGCGGAGCACGAGAAAAACAUGAAGGCGUACCACAACUCUCCCGCCUAUUUGGCGUACUUGACCGCGCGGAACAAAGUCAAGCCGGGCGAUGGCGAUGGCCACGAGACGUCGUCGCGCUCGAGCUCGAAGUCACAGCAGCAGGACCGGCGUAUCGAUAUUCAGCCGGCCGAAGAUGAGGACGAUCCGGACGAUGGGUACUCGUUCAAGCAUGUGGCAUACGCAAGGUUCUCGCGUAACCAUCGGUUGAUUAACGAAAUCUUCUCCGAUGCCGUUGUGCCGGAUGUGCGGUCCGUCGUGACCACGCAGCGGAUGCAUGUUCUGAAGCGGCAGGUUCAAUCGCUGACCAUGCACCAGAUGAAGCUGCAGCACGAGUUGCAGUUAAUUGAGGAGAAGUUCGAAACGCGCAAACGCAAGUUUGUGGAAUCGAGUGAAUGCUUCCAGGACGAACUGAAAAAGCACUGCAAACCGGCGGUCGACGAAGAAACGUUCCAGAAGAUGGUCGAUCGACAGUUUGAGAUGAUGAAGCGGGAGCGCUUGCGGGCGUUGGAGGAAGCACAAAAGCCUCCGGCGCCGGUUCCGCCACCACCUGUGGCCCCGCCAGCUACCGGAGGCGCUCCGGCAGCUACUAAAUCCGAUGAGCAACCGCCGGAGCAGACUAACGGUAAUGAACCGGCAACCGGGCAGGAAUCCACCACGGGGGCCGAGGUGGUCCCGUCAUCACCGAUGGCUGCAGCAACUUCCGACGAGUCUCAAGGUUCGCAGGAAUCCUCGACGGCCCCUGUCGCUGAGAAGAAAGACCUUGCCGAGGAACCGAAACCGGAAGCGAAAGAAGAAACGCAUCCGAAACCUUCGCCGGAACCGGUUAAGGUUCCAGCUCCUCCGGUCGCUCAUUCGCCGGCCCCGGUCGGUCCACCAUCGAUUGGCCACCCAGAAGCACCCACUGCAGCCCCUCAUAGUGUGCCCUCGGCUCCCAUUCACCAUCAAGCUCCGGCCGUUCACAUGCCACCAGUUGCAGUGGCUCCUGCUCCCCAAACCGUUCCUCCGCAUUCGAUCGAAGCCAAACCGGAAAUACCGCCAACAUCGAUUGUUCAUCACACAUCGGGGCAUCCGCCGGUCGGUCACCCUCCGGUCGCCCCGGUUAUGCAACCCGUUCACGGCGCCUACCCUCCGCCACCGGGAUCUGCGGUCGCACCGCCGCAUCAGAUGUCGGCUGCUGCGACACCACCACCACCAUCGCACACUCCCGAACAACAAAUUCCUCCUCCAAAUGUGACCGUUCCGCAUCACCAACCACCACCGCCGCCGCACCACAUGCCACCGCACAUGCAACCGCAUCCGGGGAUGCCAACCCACGGUUCGUUCCCCGGGUAUCCCCAUGCCGGGUCACCUCGUGCCCCGUAUUAUCUUCCCGGGUACGGUGGCCAUCCACAACCGUACGGUCAGUAUGGACACUAUCCCUAUCAUCAGCCGCAGUACGGUCCUCCGCCACCACCGGGAGGUUAUGUUGCUGGUCCACCAGGAACCCGACCACCACCGGGGCACUACGGGCCGGAGGUUCACCAUGCGGAACCACCACACCAUGGCUACGGUCCACCUCCUCCACCCGGAGCAGGAGCACCAGGUGGUAUGCCACCGGGCGGGGUAGGAGGACCGCCACCCCCUGGCCCUCCGCACACGGGCAACCCACCAACGGUGGUAACGGCAACGGGAACCGUUACACCACCCACGGUUAGCGCACCACCGCCAGUGGCUGGUCCGGAACCGGGUGAGAUCGAACCAGUCAAAAGCCCGGCUUCGGCACCGUCCAAAAAACGUAAGAAGAGUGGUGCCGGCAGCAAACACGACGAUCCGGCCGCCGGCGAUAAGAAGGACGAUUAAGAUUAACGCAUUGAAGACGAUUACUUUAAGAUCGAAAGCACAAUUGCAUACAGUUUUUAUCUCUUCGCUUCUCUAUCAUGAUUGAAUAACCCG